AUGCUUCGUAUUAUUGCUUGUCCUUUGACGAAUGUAAGAUGUCAAACCGUUUUCCAGAAAUUUUCAAGCUUUGCUCAACCUUCAGUUUCUGAUCAUCAGAUAUCAGAGAUAAGCAUAUCAAAAAAUGCUAAUAAACCAUUUAUUUUGCUGGAGGAUGACAAAUCUAUAGUACCGGUUUUUGAUUUAAAUCGAAGGUUGGGAAAUGUUUUUGCUCAGUUUCGUUAUCGACAUUUUUUCGAAAAAGAAUUCACUGUUAAAGGUUUUCUUAAUGGAGCAAUACAGGCUGCUGUUUUAUGUGCGGGUUAUAUUCGUUAUGGAGAUUGGGGUAAUUUAAGAAGGAUAAUGAUUGAUGAAACUGUUUCUGAAUUGCAAACGCGAUUCGAUCCAUUUAAUAUGGAAGAUUUCGAACGAUUGCAAUUCUCUACUAAUGAUGUUAUUUGUUCCGUCAUUGAUUCCUCUUACACAUGUGGCAAAAUACAACCAAAGACUUCUGGAUUACGGUCAUUUUUUCCAUUAAAACAUCGAGCUUUUUAUUCACAAGCUAUCAUUUACAUCAAGAAGAGCAACAUGAAUGAAAAUGAAAGUAUUGAGCGUUUGCUAAGGAUAUCACCUCCUGGAAGCUUACUCAUCUGCAACAUCACAUUAUCGAGAAUUCUAAACCCACUUGGAAUGUGGAAAGUUACCCGAAUCAAUUUCUUUGAUUACCCGUAA